AAAGAAACAAAUUCAUUUAAGAUUUGCAAUUCAGAAUUUCGCGCGCUUUAUUUUACACACUAAAAUGUUAUCAAUUAUAUUAGAUCGAUAAAAUAUGAUUAGAUUAUGCAUUAUUGAAAAAGGUUGGAUAUCGUGCGAGUGAUACAGUGUCACAUUGUUCCUGUUAAUGUGUACUAGACAAGGAUGGCGCCCUGGAUAGACCUGCCUUACGAGAUCAGGAACGUGACACCUGAAGAAGACAAAAUUAUCAAGAAAUGUCUAAUCGGAUACACGAAACCAUUUGUAAAAUGCGGUAAGAACGAAUACGUGAUGGCGGCCUCGUUUAGAAAACACGCAGAGGAAAUCUACAACCUUGAAGUGAGGCCUGAUGACGUAUGGGUUAUCACUUUCCCGAGAUCAGGUACGACGUGGACGCAGGAAAUGGUCUGGCUCAUAGAAAACGAUUUAGACUUCAAAGCUGCCAAAGGAAAGCCGCUUCAUGAACGAUUUCCUAUGUUGGAAGUAACCGCGCAUAUACCACAAGUAGCUUUUGAAUUAAUCAAAGCAAAUUUUAUGAACUUAGCUUACUUCCAAGGCUUGAACCAUGCUGUUAGGAAGCCCAGUUGGAAAGCGAUAGCUGAAGCACCAUCACCUAGGUUCAUCAAGACACAUCUUCCACUGUCUUUGUUACCACCAAAGUUGCUAAGCACAGCAAAAGUAAUUUACGUCGCCAGAGAUCCGAGAGAUGUCGCUGUAUCAUAUUAUUACCUUCACAAAAUGGUCGCCAAAACUCUCAUGCGAGCAACAUUUCAAACUUUCUGGGAAGCGUUCAGAAGAGAUCUAUUGCCAUGGACACCGAUCGUAGCCCAUACGAAUGAAGCUUGGGAGAAGAGACACAAUCCGAAUCUCCAUUUUAUGUUCUAUGAAGAUAUGAUUAAGGAUUUACCUAAAGAAAUUCGUGCAGUUUGCAAGUUCCUAAACAGAAAGUAUCCAGCAGACAAAAUAGAAACUUUAGCCGAUUAUCUCAGUUUUGACAGUCUGCGAAAAAACAAAAACGUCAAUAACACGGCGGGAGACAACACUGAAGUACAAUUUCUCAGAAAAGGAGAAGCAGGCGGUUGGCGAACACACUUCGAUGCGGAAAUGGAGCUACAGGCUGAGGAGUUCAUAUCAACGCGUCUCAGAGGCCUAGACCUAUCUUAUCCUUCCUUCCAACCGAAUGAGACUGAAUGCUCUCAUUUGUAACCGUUACAGUAUUAAGAUUUAUGUAUAAGACUGAUUCUGUAGAAUGCAGUGAAGAUAUCAGAGGUUUUAGACAUUCGAUUCGAAGCGAUUCCAUAGCGAACUUCGAAAAAGUAUGGACCUGACGCGCGACAAUCACAUGACUUAUCGAAAGUUAUUGUCAGUUCUAUACAUUUUUGAAGUUCGUUAUGGAAUCGCUUCGGAGCGAAUACACUUUUUCUAACCCCAAAAUCCUAUUUCCACUUAGCGAUUAAUCGCAUUAUUUUAUUCAACUUUUGUAUGGUCGCGUGUCCUCAUUCUAAUAUUGAUAGCGUGACUACAUCACGUAGGCAGAGUUCUGCGAUUACGCUAAGUGAAAAUAGCCAUUAAUUUUUUUUAUCAUGUCUUAAAAGUGUAACUAUAAUACAUCUCUUAGCUAAUUUAUAGAAACAGAAGGACAAAAUUCAUUUCCUUGGUUUUUAAAUAACUACCUAAAAGCUUUGCUUGAAUGCGUUUAGUUUCAUAAGUAAAUCAGAAGCUUAGCUAAUCGAUAGUCUCUUGAUUGUUAAUGAUCACUGUCCGUGUGCAAGAAACGUUGCCUGUUUCAUAGAGCGAAAAGAAACUUAAAAAAACAUCGUUUAGUCUGAUGGAGUUCCUAAUGUUAAGCCCUUCCUACGUACUCUAAAAAAAUUUAAAGACAAAACGUAUAUAAGUUAAUAAGCCAUGUGUUCACAAAAGCUAAGUUAAAUAAGUUUUUUUUUUUAAUUGUGUGUAGUUUUUCUAUAAGAGUAAGUCUCGACGUUUCUACG